UCAACAAUGAAAAUUCAAAUGAUAUGUUUGCUGCUGGGAACAGUUGUGAUCUGCUUCGCCACUCAUGGCCUCUGUGUGGGAAUGCUAACAAACUCAAGAUGCAAAUGUGCGAAAGUCAUCUCUAACUUCAUUCAUCCAAGAAGGUUUCAAGAUGUCAAUAUCUUUUACCAGGGGUCCUUCUGCAGGAAAGUAGAAAUUAUAAUUACCCUUAAGGGUGGAAAAAAAGUCUGUGUCGACCCCACUACUCCAUGGAUAAAGAGAGUUAUUUCGAACUUCAAUAAAAGACCAGUACGAACUAAAGAACUCAUUACAGAGGAGUCAUCAACCUAAUAAGUGAAGGCCCCUACAAUUGAAAUUCUACAGUUCAUUAGGAGCCAAGCUUUUGCUGUUUAACAUUUACUGUAAAAGUCUGCGCCAUAAGAAUUUGUGUUACCAUUUCACUUGCUUUCACCUAACCAGAAUCGCAUCAUUCAGAUAUCUAAUAUAACCUCUUUGAGCAAACUGCUAACAGCAUUUGAUGCUACUAAUGGCUUCUGACUACAAGAUUUAAAGGUGUCAACAUAUUUUUGAGCCAAUAAAUUGACAA